CAGAAACUUCAGCCGUGUUUCGCCAAGUAAUCACUAGAGGGCGGGACUUCCUCCCGUCAGGGUUUUUCAAACUUUUAAGUUCAGUACAAGUAGUCGACCUGGUUUCUGGACCUGCAAAGUGUGUGCGGCUGAAGGCUCGUCCAGGGUUAGUAGUGUUUUCGUGACUUCUCCGGCUGUUGGAGAAAUUCAUGCAAGACUGCGGGCAUCAGGAUUACAGAGCUGCCAGGAUUACUGCGAGAUGGAGUGGAGAGAGAAUUCCAAUGUCAGCUGUGAUUUGGCUUUUGCAGAAGCUCAGCGAUGGAUGGAGGAGGUGACAAAUAAGAAGUUUGGAAGUAACAAUUUUCGAUCAGCACUUGAAAACGGAGUCCUGCUGUGCGACCUGAUAAAUAAGAUUAAACCCGGGAUUAUAAAGAAAGUCAACAGGUUGUCCACUCCAAUAGCUGGCUUGGACAACGUUAAUGUGUUCCUGAAGGCUUGUGGACGGCUUGGAUUGAAAGAAGCACAGUUGUUUCAUCCAGGAGAUUUACAAGAUUUGUCAACUCGAGUCACUGUCAAGCCUGAAGAAACAGACAGGAGAUUAAAAAAUGUUUUAAUCACAAUAUAUUGGCUGGGUAGGAAAGCACAGACUGAUCCUUUCUAUAAUGGACCUCACCUAAACUUGAAAGCUUUUGAAGGAUUAUUAGGAACAGCUCUAUCAAAGGUGCUUGAAGAAUCGGGCAGUCUGAAGCGAAUUGGCAGGGACAGCGGAUACGGCGAAAGCUGGUACGCGGAGAAAGGGGAGCUGCUCUUACUUCCAGCUUCUCACCAGAGAGACGACUCCCUAGACAGCUUGGACUCGGUCGGCUCGAGAUCACUGAGUAACUCUUCGGACGCAACUUUGAAAGGCAGUUGCGAGGGUUGUGGGAGUGACGUGGAGUUGGAAUCGGCAUUCAAGAUGUCGGAGAACAAGGAUGGUCUUCAGUACCGCCGGGUUGCAGUGGUAGAACCGAAGAACAACGCACAGUUUAACCAGUUUCUUCCCACUAAAGACAAGCAGGCUGGAUAUGUCCCAGCCCCACUGAGGAAGAAGCGAGCUGAACGUCAUGAAGACAACAGGAGAAGCUGGGCAAGUCCCAUGUAUACUGAAGAGGAUGGCUCCUUUUCCAGUGAAGAAGAGACCGGUAGGAGUAAUCCCAUUCCUCCGAAUGGGCAUCCCCUGCAAGGCCACCCUCCCGCAACACACCUACGAUUGGCUUACGACUAUGAGAGCGAUUCCGACUCAGAGGGCGAAAGGAGGCAGCCCAAUGUGCAGUUGGAUGACCUGGCUAGCCGCAGGUUUCAGACGCACACACCUGCUUUCCCGGCCAACUAUGCUGUGCCUGUGCACAGCGCCGAUUUCUGCUGCCACCUGAGUGGUUCUCUUCCCCUGGGUGCUUUGUCACCAGCACCUGGGCUGGCAGUGGGUAGCACGCAGCAGCGUGGGGGUGUCAAGGUGGACAGUGACCCUUCAGCUCCAGAGCAGGUCCUCAUAAGUGACCUUUGCCAAACUUCGGAAGAGGAAGAAGGCACAGCGGACCCACAGAAGGAUGACCUCUAUGCACGCAAGGUUGGCUUGGUGCUGCAACCCUCGGCAAUUGUGGCUUAUGACACAUUUCUGCCAAAGUACUGGACUCCGGAAGAAGACCUGCAUGUGCACAAGAUCAAGCUCGGAUCUCAGCGCAGACCAUGGUAUAGGAAGAUCCAGGGUUUCAGCCAGAAGUCUAGUUCAUCUUCAGAGGAGUCUGACUGUGAAGGCAAUCUCUACUUUGUUCCCUCAUCUGCUAGGGAUGAACAGCCACCCCAGUCUGUGUCUCAUAAACACCUCAGUCACCUGGACAAGCCAAGGGCUGCUGAAAGCAUGUCUGAUUGCUGUUGUUCCAGAGUGCAGCAAAGUCUUUCCAUGCAGCCACAAACUCUAAAAGGUGCAACUGAACAUUCACAAUUCACGAAGCCUUGUGCCAGCGUGCCCAGACUUGACCCCACGACUGGUCCUAGAGUCGUAAAGUGUGAGAGGAACUCAUUUCUUAGCCCUUUGCAGCAACAAGACUCAGGCGACAUAUCGGAAAAGUUUCUUCCUGAUCUGGAAAACGAUGACAUGUUUGCCCGUCGGACUGGGUCUUUCCAGAGCCUUGUGAACCUCCAGUGCACGAGUCCAGAAGCCCGGGAGGACCGUAUCCCAGACUCAGAGCCUGAAAGCAGUAUUGUCACUCAGACGCGGCGAGAAGAGUCGGCGACCCCAGAUGUAAAGAAAGAUGAUCUGGUUUUCCGUAAAGUGAGGCUCGGCUCUCUGAAAAUGGGACUCUCCCUUUCUGGAGCUCCUGAUGUCUACCAUGCUAUUCCUGUACCGGAGCCCUGGGCUCUGCCACCGAGCCUCCGGUCCCGACUUCUAUGCCAGCCCAGGACACCCAUUCCCGAAGAGGAGGGGGAAGAGGGCGAAGAGGUGGAGGGUAAACUCUGUGCUUCACACCCAAAAGUAGAUGACAUGUUGGUGCGAAAGCUGGGGGGAGUUCAGCCUCACACUUCUGUGCCUGUGACUAUCCCAGUUCCCACUACCUGCAGUGAAGAAGACCUGCAGAAAUGGAAGGCAAUUCAGGAAGCCAGCAGGCAGAGACACAAGAAGAAGCUGAUGGUGAAGAGACUGCUGGAGAAACACUCGGGUGGAAAUGGGAGCAAGUCCAUGAACGAUGUAACCCAGGACACAGAAAUAACCCGCCAGAUUCGCUUUGAAGGGUUACAGAAGUUAAGAACUCAGAUAAAAGAAAGCGACAAUAAGUGGCAGGAUGAUCUUGCUAAGUGGAAAAGCCGUCGCAAGAGCUUUAAUAAUGACCUUGUGAAGAAGAUGGCAGAAAGAGAAGAAAUUGAACUGCUGACCAGCACUGAUACAGAGAGGAAAACCAAGACCUUUCGAGAAAUGCAAGAGGAAAGGGAGAACAGAGGGAUGAGAACCCUCAGCACAACAACAGCUGAGAGCAUGUCCCUUCACUCAUCCAAUGAAGACGUGUUCACUGAGCAAAAGCCCACUUCCAGAGCCCUGUCCGAGAGAAGCUAUACUGUGGAAGUGGACAAUCCUUACACAGCCCAGACCAGAGUGGCUCCCCCUUCCACCCCUUCUCGGAGAGCACAGAAGGAGCACACAGAAUCGUCCACUCCCAGAGUAGCUCCAAUGCCCACUUGCACACCUGUGUCCACAGCUGCCUCUUCCUCCUUCAGAACAGCCACAAGCCCCACAAGUAAGACAGAGGCAACCACCACUAGCACAGCCAGCAGAGCAACAGAAUCCAGGCUCCUGUUUGAGAAAUCAUCGGAAGAAAAGAGCUCUGUUCCUUUGUAUACACACAAUUCUAUGGACACAAAGCCAGGGGUGGCUCGGGUUUCAGCUUCUCUUCCUAGAAGCUACCAGAGAUCUGAUAGUUUACGGCUGUCCUCCGUAGUCGCACCACGACCUUUUGGAACUCAGUCAAACAAAAUUGCAUCCCUUUCCAGAGCUUUUACGAUGGAUGAUGCACACAAUCGCUACAACGGAGAGAGAGAGCGCUCCCAAAAGACCAGCACCCCUAGCCGAUACAGCCAGUUCAUGACGGAGGAUGAUGCUCAAUCCCAGUCCAGCUCUGUCCUGAGCAGCAAUGAAGAGGAGGAACAGGAAGAGGAGAUGGACCCUUCUCCUCCAGCACCGAACACAAGCAGCACUCUUGGUGACUUGAGGACUGACGCUCCCUUCAGCUCUGAAGCGGUGCCACCAGCCACAAAGAGAACGGCAGCAAAGCCACCAGAGGCAAGGGUGGCUCCACAGGAGCAGUAUAGCGACAUGAGAAUCAUCCUGAACCAGAAACCAAACAGCAAUCGAGACUUUGGGUUCACAACUACCUGGGACUCCACUGCUGCCAUUGUGAAGUCCAUAGAACACGGUAGCCCAGCUGAACUAUGCCAGCUGCAGGUGAAUGAUGAGAUCCUCACAGUUAAUGGCCUGAAGGUCUCCGAGAUGGACUACACGCAGUGGAAGGAAAGUAUGGAUAAAGCUCAUCAGAAUGGAAACCUUGUGAUGGACAUACGCAGAUAUGGCAAGAAUAACUGGGGCAGAGACCUACCUUCCCUACCAUUUAAAAGCCAUAAAACCAUCAAUCUGACCAGUAUGGAUGCAACACUUAUAGGUUCCCCUGAAAAGUACAGCAACACCAGCAGAGAUCUUACUUCACGCGAGUCCCCGGGGGAGACCAGGAAACCAGAUUUUAUGAGUGAGCCUGUUAAUGAUGCAGCAACUAAGGAAGUGAAUGGAGGUUUCCGUGGGGAGGCGGUCACAAUGAGACAUAAAGAAUCUGAGCCAAUUUCUUUGAAAAACUUAAAAAGGAGAUCAGAGUUUUUUGAACAAGGUGGAUCUGAGUCUGCAAUAUCAGAUCUGCAGGUCCCCUCCAUCAGCACCUCCUCCAGCCGCUGGUCCUGGGACCCCGAGGAGGAGAGGAGGCGCCAGGAGAAGUGGCAGAAGGAGCAGGAGCGCCAGCUGCAGGAGAAAUACAAGCGUGAACAGGAGAGAUUGGAAGAGGAGUGGCGCCGUGCGCAGCAGGAGGCCGAGAAGGAAGGGUCCAAGUACUAUGAGGAGGAGCGCAGGAUAAUUGAAGUCAACACUAAACCCUGUUUGACCCAUCAGUCCCCUGACUCUCCCCCAAGCCCGCAGACAUGGUCUUGGAAAGAUCGAAGCACUCUGGGGGAGGAGUCAUCCAGGAUCACUGAAGAGAAGGAUGUCGCCAGGCUGCAGGACGAGGAGGCCCAGCGGCUCAAGCAGCAGCAGCAGCAGGAGGAGGAAGAGGAGCGGAGAAGGAUGAGGCAAAGCCAGGAGGAGGAGGCACGUCUGGAAGAGGAGAGGAGGAGGCAAGCGGAGCAGGAGGCACGCCAGCGCCAAGAAGAACAGAGGGAGAAAGAGAGGAAGCAGAGAGAAGAGGAAGAGCGCCAACGUCAAGAGGAACAGAGGCGCAGGCAGCAGGAUGAGGAGAGGAGACGUCAAGAAGCUGCUGAAGAACAGCACAGGGAGCAGGAGAGGCUGAGGCUGAGGCAGCAGCAGCAGCAGCAGCAGCGGUCUGGCGAUACCUAUGGUUUUUCUAAAAUCCAGCCUGAAAUUGAAGUCUCAGACAGGAACAAGUCAAAGUCUACUUCAGAUCUUGAUGAUGAUUACACAGCAGACGGCAAAGGUAUUUACUCCAGACAUGGGGGCAUGGCUCAAUGGCUGCUGGAGGAGGAAUUGAGGAGGAAGAAAAACAGGGAAGUCCAGAAAAUGGUGGCAGCAUCUGAGCUGGAGGCAGAAAGAAAGCAAAUCCUUAAUUUGAUGAAAUAUGCUGACCCAGAGAGAGGCACCAGCAAAUCCAUGGACAGCACCUGGAGCAGAGCAGAUUCUCAAAAGAAGGACCAGGCUCUCUCUCAGGCAGAGCUGGAAAGACAGCGGAUCAUUGAAGAGAUGAAGAAGAAGAAUCAGCUUGUGACUGACAGCAGCUGGAUCAGACAGCGCAGUGCCAGUGUCAACAAGGAGCCAGUCAGCUUCUCUGGGCCAAUGAGGAGAGGCGAGUCGCUUGACAACCUGGAUUCCCCUCGAUCCAACUCCCUGAAGCACCCUCCAUGGAUAUCCAGCUCGUCCUCCAUCUCCUCUUCUUUGGUCCAGGACUUCAGCCGGUAUCCCCAGCCAGUGUCCACGUCCAAUCGCAGCUACAUGCGCACACCUUCCACUCUGCCCACAUCCCUCUCCAUGGGUUCCCUGAAGCAGGGUCUCUGGAACCAGCCCUCUCCCGAUCUGCUCUUGCAACAGCAGCAGCGCAGCAGGUCAGUCAGUGGGAAGAAAAUCUGUGCAUACUGUGAUGCACCUUUGGGCAAAGGAGCUGCCAUGGUCAUCGAAUCUCUGGGUCUUUGUUAUCAUUUGCAGUGUUUUAAGUGUAUUGACUGUGGCUCAGAUCUCGGUGGAUCAGAAACAGGAGCUGAAGUCAGAAUACGAAACCGCCAGCUUUACUGUAACUCCUGCUAUCUCAGAUUUAAAACUGGACAGCCCACUGCCAUGUGAUGUCACUGCAGUCAAAGGUGACUCUCUACAGCAGAUUGAAGAAGAAGCUUCAGAAGACAAAUAUGUAUAAAUACUGCAGCAAUGGCUAUAAAUAUUGUUGCAGAGAAACAUAUUGACACUCUUCUUUUGAAACAUUCACUGAUUCGCUUAGUUUAAUAAACUAUUUUAUCAAUAAUAUAUUUUCAAAGGUUAUUGAGCACUAAUUUAUCCUGGAAAUCAAACAAUAAGGAUUCCAAGUAAAUUUAAUAUUUUAUGACGGGGUUGCCAAUAGAUUUGUUUCUGACUGUAGGUCAUGUCCUUUUCCUAGAUAUUAAGAUUAUAUAUAUAUAUAAUCGUGAGUCUUUAUCAAAUGAUUGUAUAAUUCAUUUUUGUGACCUUUUGUUGCAAGAGAGCGAGCUUCACAGGGUGACUCCUCUAUACCAGAAUAUCUCUUUCAGCCUGUACAAAGUAUAAGGGACAUGCAUGUAUAUUACAGAAGUUUUAUUAGAUAUGAUACAUGUAUUGUACCUCUAUCUAGUUAAUGAAUCAUUAUCGUGACCUUCAACUGGUAUGAAUGAUUUAAUUUCAGAGUAGCAUUAUUUGGCUGUUCAUAUUAAAAGUAUUUGAUACUUGCUAUUUUAUCAUUUCUUUUGUAUCUUAGUACCCCCCUCCAAAAGUUUUUGUUGAACAAUUUGUUUGCGGUCUAAAAUAUCUAUCACGGUUUAUCAACAAUGUGCCUUUUUGAUUUUUUUUUCUUUUGUCAAGGUGACAGAUUAUUAUAUAUGCAAUGAAUUACAUUGGGUAUUUACAUUUUUGGUAUAGUGGUUAGAAAGUUCUGAGUUAUGUUUUUCAUUGAGGUGCUCUAUUCAAUGCAUUUUGGGGAACAAAGAUUUUUCCUAGAAAAGCAAGUGUUAUCAUAACUGGAAUCUAAAAAGUCUAUUCUUUGUUCAAUUAUGUUUGUAAAUAAAAUUAUUAAAUCUGCAUUUUUUGUUUUUGUGAGUGUAUGAACUUCAUAUUUUCCUAGCUACAACAUCUUUGAUUAAAUCUUUGGAAUGACACGUCUCUGGUUAUCUUGUCUACCGAUUGUUGUUUUUUCUUGAGAUGACUAAAGAUUUGUACCAUAAGACGGUUGUGAAAACGAGGGAUAGAUAAGGAUUCACUUUCCUGCAUAUGCAUAAUGACAUUUAUCUAUUGUUUUUUCUAACCUGGUCUCAAAUUGUUCAUUCAUCCCUGCGGUGCACAUCAUAGAGGAUUGUUCUUGUCAUACUUUGUGUGGAAAGGAACAUGGCAGUUUUGAGUCAUAUAUUGUAGUACAUUUGCAAUUGUAAGGAUGUGCCUGGAUCAUAGUUAAGGACUAAUAAAGAUUUUUUUAACACCCGUUUCCA